AUGCCGCCGGAUUUCUCCGAACUAGACGGUGAUACUGAUAUUGAGUUCGCCGAAAUUGAUCCAACCAGUCGAUAUGGCCGGUACAAGGAAGUUUUAGGGAAGGGGGCUUUCAAGAAAGUAUACCGAGCUUUUGAUGAAUUGGAAGGAAUUGAAGUGGCUUGGAAUCAGGUUAAGGUGUCUGAUCUAUUGCGGAAUUCUGAGGAUUUGGAGCGGCUUUAUUCUGAAGUUCAUUUGCUUAAGACUUUGAAGCAUAAGAAUAUUAUUAAAUUUUAUAAUUCAUGGGUUGACACCAAGAGUGAGAAUAUUAAUUUCAUUACUGAAAUUUUCACAUCCGGAACAUUGCGCCAAUACCGGAAGAAACAUAAGCAUGUUGAUUUGAGAGCUUUGAAGAAAUGGUCUAGACAGAUUUUGGAGGGCCUUUCAUAUCUUCAUAGUCAUAAUCCACCCGUUAUUCAUAGAGACCUUAAGUGUGAUAACAUUUUUGUCAAUGGGAAUCAAGGGGAGGUGAAAAUUGGUGAUUUAGGGUUGGCUGCCAUUCUUCAACAGGCCAGUUCAGCUCACAGUGUUAUAGGUACCCCAGAGUUUAUGGCCCCGGAACUUUAUGAAGAGGAGUACAAUGAGCUUGUUGACAUAUAUGCUUUUGGCAUGUGCUUGCUAGAGUUGGUAACUGUUGAGUACCCGUAUGUUGAAUGUGCUAAUGCUGCUCAAAUUUACAAGAAAGUGACAUCUGGAAUAAAGCCAGCAUCAUUGGCAAAAGUAAAUGAUCCUGAAGUUAGAGCCUUUAUAGAAAAGUGUAUUGCUCAUGUAUCACAACGGUUGCCUGCAAAGACUCUCUUGAUGGAUCCCUUCCUUCAGUCAGAUUUUGACGGCGACAGUGUCGGUCGAUCUUCGAGAUCUAGAACCCAGCAUUCAGGAAAUAAGUUUGAUGAUCUACCCCGUGCAAAAAGUGACAAGGAUAACUCUGUUGAGGCAAAUAGGGAAUUCACUGUGGAAGGCCAGAGGAGAGAUGUUAAUACAAUAUUUUUAAAACUACGAAUUGCUGAUUCCUCAGGCCAUAUUCGAAAUAUCCAUUUCCCUUUCGAUAUUGGAGCAGACACUUCAGUCGCUGUUGCCAGUGAAAUGGUUGAGGAGUUGGAGCUUAGUGAUCAUGAUGUUUCAACCAUUGCAAUGACAAUUGACUCAGAAAUUCGAUACCACAUCCCUAGCUGGAGCCCUAGUGAAAUUCCCGACAAUAGCUCUUAUCCCACUGUAACUAUGCCCGAGGCUUCUCCCAGAGUAACUGAUUCUCCUGGCAGCCUUGCUUUGGAAAUAUUACCUUCAGGUCGUAAGUACUGGUCAGACUCACCUAAGGGUGUUGGUGGAAGCUCUCCAUGUCUGCGCAGUGCUUCAAAUUUCUCUCAUGAAGUGGAUGUGUUUGCUGAGGCAGGCGCCUUGUUUGCAAAUAGUGCGGAGAAGGAACGCGAUGGGACUGCUGAUUCCCCUUCCAGUGAAAGAAGUUUUACAUCGGAGCAUUUUGAAGCCGCUGGUGAAAUGUCCUUUCAAGAAGAAACAUCUGAAACAGAAGACAUCGGUAAAAUAGCAUCAAAGCUGGAAACUUUAUUGGGUAUGCAGAGAGAGGAGUUAGAGGAACUGAAGAAGAAGCACCAAGUAGCUGUGUCAGAUUUUUUGAAUGAAUUUUCUCCAGAAAUUUCCCUACAGCUUCUAAAUAUAUGCAACCUGCAUAUGCCUGAAAGUGAAGUGUAA